AUGCAAUUUUCGAAUGCGAAGCCUAUCUCAUGGCGUAAUAUAGAUCCGGGUUUAUGUCUUGAAGGUCGAUGUUUAACUACAAAUGGUCGAUGUAAGGCACAUAAAGAAAUGGUCAUUGGUAAUCUAGAAAUGGGCGAAUUUACUAUUUCUCGUAUGUAUAUAUUCAAAUGUCCUCUGUGUGGAAAUCGUGUACGUGCUGAAAAGUUUGGUUUAAGUCGUUGUAAAUGGCGGAUAAUGAAUACUAGUAGAUGGACAAAUGUUGUGGAUAUUUAUCAAACAUAUAAUUUAAAUCCAUUACCAAUACAUAUUGAAACUCGUAGUUUAAGUAAAGAUGAGGAAUUACACAAUCAAUGUUCAAUAUGUUUAGCAACAAUGGAUAAGAAAAAUGAAUGUUCAAGUUUACCAUGUAGACAUAUAUUUCAUACAGAAUGUAUUCAUACUUGGAUUGAGACUGACGAAGAAACAUCACUUCAAUGUCCUAUAUGUCGAAAACCAAUUUUUGAAUAA